AUGGCAGCAAUUCCAGAGCACCUGCUGGUACAAGACGCCCUGCAGGCUGCCAGCGGUUUGAAUGGCCGUUGCGUGCACGUUCCACCUCCCACCGAUUAUGCGGACGCCCGGCAUGUCCAGGCCUCCCGGGUGGCGGAGCUGGGCUGGCUGUUGCGCAAGGUGGAGGGGCUGGCCGUCGAGCUGGCCAGCCUGCAGAGCGUGGUGCACGAGGCGCUGGUAGCUGCUGCACGGCGUGAAGUCAGCAACUACUACCGACUGGUGGCCAUCCUGGAGGCCCAGGCGCAGCGGCAGGCGACGUCGGUGCCUGGCGAUGCCAGCGCCCUGACGCUGCGCCGCCUGGAAGUCUGGCUGUCCGAGCCGCUGGGCCGGCUGCGGGUGCUGGCAGAGUGCCUGGUGGCGGCGUGCGGCGUGCGUGGAGGCCAGCUGAUCAAUGUGCUGUACGCGCUGUCCAAGCACGGCGACCCGCUGGUGCGCAAGGUGGUGUCGCCAGUGCUGGAGGAGGCAUGUAUGCCCUACUUCAAGCAGAUCAGCGCCUGGGUGCUGAAUGGCACCAUGGACACCACCAACCGCGAGUUCCUGGUGACCAAGGAGCAGCUGGCGCCACCGCACUGUGACGACCCCGCUGCCAACUGGCGCGGUGGCCAUCGCGUCAAUGCCGCCAUGCAGCCCAACUUCAUGUCCGACCAGCUUGUCGCCGACAUCUUUACCACGGGGAAGUCCAUCGCAUUCCUGCGCGAGUGGUGCGGUGACACGCACUGGGCAGGCGCCAUCAGCGGCAGCGCCCAGCAGCUGGCCGUCGCUGGCGGCACCUACCAGCAGCUGAGGUGGUUGGAAACCGCGGUUAGCGAAGUGAAGGGUGCAGUGAGCAGCCACCUGCUGGGCAUCGUGAUGCAGCAGCAUGGCCUGCCACGCCACCUGGCGGCCAUCAAACGCUUCCUGUUGCUGGGCCAGGGCGAUUUUGUGCGUGUGUUGUUGGAUGCGGCAGGGGAUGAGCUGAACAAGAGUGCCAAGGAUGUGUCGCAGUACAUUUUGCAGGCCGCCGACAUCCUGCGCCGUGUGGAUGUGCGGCUGCCGCACGGCAAGACAUUGGAGGGCGACCUGGGCUGGGAUGUCUUUGCACUGCAGUAUCAUGUAGAUGAGGGCCCGCUGGGUGCCGUGCUCAGUCCCGACACCAUGGCAGGCUACCUGCGAAUCUUCCGCCUGUUGUGGACCAUCAAGCAUGUGGAGGUCGUGCUGGAGCAGUGCUGGAGCACCAUCAACAGCAUGCAGCGCGGUCUCAACACGAUUAAGGGCCAGGAGCGGGUGCAUGGCGUGGCAGUGGACAAUGCAGAGCAGGUUCCGCCAUUGCUGCGCGCCUUCCAUGCAUACCGUGCCGAGAUGGCCAGUUUUGUGACUAGUCUGCAGUAUUACAUUGUUUUCGAGGUGCUGGAGCCCAACUGGGCCAAGCUCAUGACCGCACUGCCCAAGGCUGCAGACUUGGACGCAGUCAUCAGCUUGCAUGAGAACACUCUGCAGGCCGUUGCCACCGGGAUGUUCCUGGACGGCCUGCCACAGAUGCUGACACCACUGGGGCUAGGCGGUGCUGGCGCGGCGGAUGUGCAGGCGGGGCUGCGCAAGACGCUGCGGGCGGUGCUGGACGUGCAGGGCCCUAUCCAGCGGCUGGCUGCGACCGUCGAGCAGGCUCGGACAGAGCAAGCCCUAUACCUGCAGCGGGCACGGGACAGCGAGGCUGCAGGAGAGUGGAACGUCGAGAGCCAUACCCUGGACCUGCGCAUGUUCAUCGCUCGGUUUGAACCGCAGGCGGGCGUGGCCGAGGCGAGCAGUGGGGUGCCAGCAGGCUCUGAAUGA